UAAACCAUUAGGUAGUUUUUUUCCCCCACUCCAGUGAUUCAGAGGGCUGUGACUGACGCAGACAGCAGGGAAUUCAGUUUUCAAGUCUAGGCAGGAAACAUGCUUCUGUAUACACUGCCAGGAAGCUGGCUUUGAGCUCACACCAUUAUCAGCUCGACUGCUGCACUGAAGAGAUGCAAAACUCAAAGUUUUACUGGUGGAAAACUCCUGACAAGAAGCAACACCAAGAGGGCUGAAGCCUAAUUAACUGGGAAAUACUGGGAUAUCAACUAAACGGUGACAUGGUUGACCUCAUGCCAGGACUACUCAUUUGUUUGAUGGCAGUGCAGACCAAUCAGCAUGAUGGAAACAAAAACAGGACCAAAAUCCAACCUAACACAGUAAAUCCAAGGACCUUUAAGGGCGACUAUAAUGACACAGGCACAAACUUGCAUGUGAAGCCAGAGGAUCCAGUGACAGCCUAUACCACAGGGGUGCUCAGCACCUGGGUCAUACCCUCAUCAUACAUCCUGUCUAUGCUGGUGGGCAUCCCCUCCAACUGCUACAUUCUGGCCUUUCUCAGAGUCCGACUCAGAGCACAGUCAUUUUCCACAGUCGUUCUUCACCUGAACCUGGCGCUGUCUGACUUGCUGCUCCUGCUUUCCCUUUCGCUGCGUGUUCACUACCACUUCAAUGGGAACAACUGGAUAUUCGGGGAAACCUCCUGCCGGCUGAUUACGGCUUUGUUUUACGGUAAUGUUUACUGCUCAGCUCAGACCAUCGCGUGCAUCAGUCUGAACAGCUACCUCGCUGUGGUCAAACCAUUCUUGUACAGGAGGCUUGCUACGAAAACACUGGCGGUGUGGACGUGCUUGGUUAUAUGGCUCCUGUUCGGGGCUGCUGUUGUGCCUGAGCUCCUUGUCAGGCAGAGUUACAACAUCCCCCAGCUGGGGAUCACAACAUGUCAUGAUGUACUUCCCCUAGUUGAAAAAUCACACUCCCAUCUGGUGCCAUAUAGGUUGAUGCUUAUCUGUCUGGGCUUUAUAACGCCCUUCCUCUUUUGUAUCUAUGCCCAUGUGGCUGUAAUUUACCAUCUAGGUCAAAGUGCUUGUGACUGGAAGCCAUUUAUCAGAGUCAGCACUCUGGUUUUCAGCAUCUUCUUGGUGUGCUUCUUGCCCAGCGGCGUCCUGCAUAUGGCCCACUACAUCCGCCUGUUUUCCGGUGGGGACGACAGCCUGUAUGGAUACUUUAGAGUAGCUGUGUGUCUCUGCUGUUUCCACAGUUGUCUUGAUCCCUUCCUGUGUAUGCUUAUUUCCAAGACGGCAGCUUCAGAACUACAAUUUAUUUCUCUCCGCGAGAUAUCUCAGAGACAAGCAGUUAUGACGUGAUACUGGACAUGUAUACAAAAAAAAACAAAACCCAAGCCUCCGUACUGGACUAUUGUUGGAAUACAGCAGGAAGUCACAAGGGAAAAAAAUGGAAAAACUGAAGAACGGACAUUGUGGCUUUAACAGGGUUAACAUUAGGCUUUAUCCACGUUAUAUCCAAAACCAGAAACUGUUAAUGUGGCCAUAGUGUUAUUUGUUUCCAUGUAUAUUAAAAACAUGUUUUAUGCAUCAUGUUUUGUUCAUCUUUUCAUGAAAAUAUUAUACAAAAGUCAACAAUACUUUUUGCAAACUUAUAUCCGUUACUUUAAAAUCAAGAUUGAGCAAUUCAGAUAGAUAUAUAUGACCUAAUGUAAAGAAGUGACAUAGGAUGAAAAACUGCUGUAUAACAAAACUAACAAGACAAAGUUACGACACAUGGUUUAAAUAAUGAUUCAUGUAGGAAGUGGGGGUGCUUACUGAACCUGCUUUGCUCGCAGGCUCCUUUCAGGGGGAGUCCUCUACCUCCCGAUUUUAAUCAUCAUCCCGUGCCUUCUCCUCCCUCCGCUUCUCUGAUAACACAUCACCCACGCACGUAGCGUCUCAGGGGGGACAUGAGCUGCAUAGGCCACAGUUGGUAGGGCCAUUCACGUGGCUUUGCUGGCUGUGCUGUCAUCUGUUUCUCAUUUUUAAUUACCACACAGUAAGGGUGGGAGAUAUAUCAAAUAUACUCGAUGUAUUGGGAGUUUUUCCACGUACAAAAUGGCUUUAUAAAUUGCCAUGGCAAUAUUAAGCUGUCUGCAUGCAAUUCCCUGUGAGGUUUUUUCCCUCCCUCACGCUGCACAAGCAUCAUUAAUCCCCCUCCCUCCCAAACAGAAAAUAUUCUACCUGGCGCACUGCGCUGAGCAUGUGUGUAUAUAUCCUACCAGACGAACGAGGGAAUGAGACUCGCUGUCAUUUGGAUUUCAAGAGGAGGACGCUGAACAAAAUGCGGUAAUUUGCAAAACGUGCCGUAAACAUUUGCCGCAAAAGGUAGCAGUACCACAAAGUUAUUCUACCAGCUGAAAAGUUAUCCACUGCAAAAUUAAGACUUUUUUAAAACUCCACAUGUCAGCGUCUCCCCACACACCAAAGAAAACGUUAAAUAAACCAGCUGUGAUACCUGUGACUGCUCUAUGUCAGUCGUUUUUAUAGUCACCAUCUAGACUUUUGUUUCUGUAAUUUGAGGUCAUCAAAAUUUUAAUUUUACUAUUUUUAUGUGUUAUAAGCACAAAAGAGCACCUUUUUAAUUUCAGUUUUAUUUUGUCUCGUGAAUUCUUGCUUGAUGUCUUUUGUUUGUUGACCACAGACUGAGUCAUUUAUGAAAAACCUCUAUGUGCAACUGAUGGUUAAAAAAAAUGGUCAAAAUAAAACCUUUCAAUUCAUUCAGAUUUUUAGUGUUCAAAGUAGAAAAAAAACCCCCAAAACAUUGAAUGGUCGAUUUGAAUGAGGAAACCAGUGGACGCACAGUUGUCAUUGGGACCGUGGACGACCGGGGUCUCCUGGGUCUUUGACUGUCUGCCUCUCAGGAGGGGCAUUGUUGCCGUCUCUCACCCUCAUUUUUCAAGUACGUUUCAUGAUAAACGCUCAUACACAGACACUCACAUCCUCUCUCGCCUUCUCUUCCUCUCUCACAAACACACAUACACAGCAAAACUGUAUAUUUGUGUGCCUCCCUCUGUUUUGUCUUUCAGUUGUUGCAUACCAUUUAAAUGUGUGCUUUGUUAGUGAGUUGGAGACCGAAAUGCCCGUUUACUUCACCCUUUUUUCUAUCUUUCACCAACCUGGCGUCACCCUCUGUCUGCUCCAGCUUAAUACCCACACAGAUAAU